GGUAUCCAUCAGCUCAGGUCCAGCUGGCUUCUCGGCUCUUCUUGGGUAAUUACACCCAUGGUAGGGGGAGACGAACUAACUGGUGAGCCUAGGGUACACUCAGUACCUCCCUCAGCAGCUGAGACCCCUCAGGCUGUUGUAAGAUGGGCCAGUCUACCUCAGCCAGUUGCAUUGUGUCCAGGGGAUCAGUAUGGGCACCAGGCCCAGUCUACUCACACUGAACAAACUUAUUUGUUAUCCACUUGCCUGCUGCCAAGCACACCCUCUCAGCAGCUGAACCUGUGCAACUGCUGUUGGGUUAGUAUGGCCCUGUCCCUAGCACAGAAGCCUUGAUGCCACAGAAGUUUGUUCUAAGUCUUUCCCUGCCUGCCUGCUAUGUCCAGGGACUGCAGAGAGGGAGAUCUGAGGAUGAGCAGCCAAAACCAGAGGUCCCACCUGCUCGCUCCCAUGACCAACAUGAGCUGGAGCUUCCUGACGCGACUGCUGGAGGAGAUCCACAAUCAUUCCACCUUCGUGGGCAAAGUGUGGCUCACUGUGCUAGUGGUCUUCCGAAUUGUACUAACGGCUGUGGGUGGUGAGUCUAUCUAUUCGGAUGAGCAAUCCAAGUUCACCUGCAACACGCGACAGCCGGGCUGUGACAAUGUCUGCUAUGAUGCCUUUGCUCCCCUGUCGCACGUGCGCUUCUGGGUCUUCCAAAUCGUGGUCAUCUCCACACCUUCGGUCAUGUACCUGGGUUAUGCAGUCCAUCGCCUGGCGCGUGCCUCUGAGCAGGAGCGCAGACGCGCCCUCCGUCGUCGCUCUGGCCCCCGGCGUGUGCCCAGGACGCAGCUGCCACCGCCACCUCCUGGCUGGCCAGACACGACUGAUCUGGGAGAGGCAGAGCCCAUGCUGGCGCUGGAAGAGGAAGAGGAUGAGGAGCCCGGGGCGCCUGAGGGCCCUGGGGAAGACACCGAGGAGGAGCGCGCAGAGGAUGUGGCUGCCAAGGGGGGCGGAGGUGAUGGCAAAACGGUGGUCACUCCUGGCCCUUCCGGGCAGCACGACGGGCGGCGGCGCAUCCAGAGGGAGGGCCUGAUGCGCGUGUACGUGGCCCAGCUGGUGGUAAGGGCGGCCUUCGAGGUGGCCUUUUUGGUGGGCCAGUACCUGCUGUAUGGCUUCGAGGUGCCGCCCUUCUUUGCCUGCAGCCGCCAACCUUGCCCACACGUGGUGGACUGCUUCGUGUCGCGGCCAACCGAGAAGACGGUCUUCCUGCUGGUCAUGUAUGUGGUCAGCUGCCUAUGCCUGUUGCUCAACCUUUGUGAGAUGGCUCACCUGGGCCUCGGCAGUGCGCAGGACGCUGUGCGCGGCCGUCGGGGAGCCUCAGCGCCUGUUCCUGGUCCCGUGCCGCGCCCGCCACCCUGCGCUUUCCCGACCGCCGCCGCCGGCCUGGCUUGCCCUCCGGAAUACAGCCUAGUGGUGCGCGCCGCUGAGCGGGCGCGGGCGCACGACCAGAACUUGGCUAACCUGGCCCUGCAGGCACUGCGCGAUGGGGCGGCAGCGGCGGCGGUGGCUGUGGAUCGGGACAGCCCGCCAUGUUCAGGGCUCAAUGCAGCCUCCAGGGGGGCACCCAGGGCGGGUGGCCCAGCUUCUGGAACCGGUAGUGCCACAUCAGGGGGCACCGUUGGGGAGCAGGGCCGGCCCGGGGCUCAGGAACAGCUAGCUACGAAGGCCAGGGCUGGCUCUGAGAAGGGCAGUACAGGCAGCAGGGAUGGCAAGGCCACAGUGUGGAUCUGAAGGCACUGGGGAGAGUUCAGGGAGUGCCUGGCAUGAAGGUUCAAUGGAAAUCUUUCUGUCUUCAACCAAUGGCCGCUGACAGAUCCCCUUAGGGGCCUUUAGAAGAGGAAGCAGAAGACCCUUAAAGGGGACUGGCUGGGAACCUCCCUGCAGGAUGGGAAGGGGAGUCACCGGGGUCUUAUCUGUAUCCCCU